UUUUUCAUUGUCUUCAACGUGUCGACAGUUAUCCUCAACUCUUGUCAUUCCUUACCGGGUCCCUUGCUCACCUGACCGCGCGCGGGGGGUUGGACGCUAGCGCAGUCUGGCUGAUCUUGGACCGGCUGUGAGCCAUGUCGGAGCUCUUCAAGGAUGUCCCGGAGUUUGUCGAGGUCAAUAUCGGUGAAUCUCUAGCUGCAAGGACAGAAACUCUGGGUGCAUUCCGAGAGCUUGGUCCGCCGGAUCUGUGCCAUGUCGUCAAGUCUUCAGGCUCGAAAUCAGCUCUGAAAGAGAUCGGUUCUUAUCAUUACUGCUCUGGUGUCGAGGCUUCUUCUUCUGCCUCCCUUGCAGCCUACAUCAACUCUCUCCAAUUCUCAAUCGAGGAAUCUCCAGCAUGGUUUGGCAAAGGCUCAGGAUGGAAGGUCAGGAGUGGAACAUACUGUUGCUUCAAUGCUUUCUCACGAGUCGACAUGCGAGUCGAGGCGACCAUACCAGGAGGUGUCAAUGCUUAUGUCGUGGACCUGAGGGGGGACAGGCACGAGGCGACCGCAGACUUGUGGCAGGAGACUUACUUGUCCGCCAUGUUACGUGCCAUACGGUAUUCGGACGACGCGUCUUAUCGCUUGGCGGGGUACAGAAAGCUGGACCCCAUCAGCACACCCGAAGCUGAGAUGAGAUUUUUGCAAACUGCCGAGGCUCUGUUCUUGAAGGGUUGGCAACUUGGAUCUGAUCCAGAAAUUCAAGUCGCUACAAUCAUAACGAAUCACCUCACCGCCGCCAUCAUCAAGUAUUUCUCCGAUUCGUAUAGGUUACAUCAGGCUGUCAACCUGUUUGAAAAGAUGGCAGUGAAGGAGCCAGAGAUUGCUGCGCUACUGGCACAAUGUUAUGUCGGCAUGAAUGAAGAAAUCAAAGCCGUCAAAAUCCUCAAUUCAGCCUUGGAGACAUGCCCUCAGUCCUAUCCCAUUCUUCACGCCCAAUGCGAUUUUCUGCUCUCCAAGAACAAGCCUCAGUGGGCUCAAGCAGUCGCCCAACAAGCCGUCACUGCUGCCCCAAGCGAAUUCGUCACUUGGGCAAAGCUCACUGAAACAUUUAUCCAACUUGGCAAAUACGACUCGGCCCUCUUGACACUCAACUCUUGUCCAAUGUUCACAUUCAACGAGCGAGAUCUGCAUCGCAUGCCUGCGCCUGCAAAAACGCAUUUACCGAUCAAAAAAUUCUUAGCGGACUCCAAUAUACUGGAUGAAGAGUCAGCGAGGGAUAACGAGGCCGAUGUCACCUUACUGCGUUUACCGGCGCCAGGUCUACGCGGUACCUUUGCUCGAGCCUACGCUCUGUUGACUGAACUCGUAUCCAAGAUUGGCUGGGACGAGCUAUUGAAGAUCCGCUCGACAGUCUUCGUGAUGGAGGAAGAGUACAGAAUGCACAAGUCUGGAACGUCGGUGGAUCUUAAUGGCGCAGCAGAGGACGACGCUUCGAUCACGGGUAUUCGGACAUCAUCUAAUUCUGAUUCUGAAAUCCCAACGAUUCGUAUAUCGACGGAAUCGGCUCGGACACCUGCGACAGCUCUCACUCAAACCAAAGAUGAGGCGGCUGAGUCACCGGUAUCGGCAUUCUCCAACAAGCGAUUAUGUGAACGGUGGCUGGAUAAUUUGUUCUUAGUACUGUAUGAAGACCUGAGGGUUUACACCAUCUGGCGAGCAGAGAUAUCUCAUUUCAAAACCCAACAUAGAUCGUACAGAAAGACUGGCACGGAGUGGGAGAUCCUCGGCGAGUUAGCUCUUCGGCUGCAUCAUAAAGAAGAGGCGAAAGAGGCUUUCCAACGAUGCCUGGAGACGAAAUUCAGUGCAAAGGCUUUGAUCAAGCUCUUGGAGAUGUACGCCAGAGAGGGCGACUUGCAGAGGACAUUGAACGUCGCUAUCCGUCUGACAACAUAUCACCAUCGGUGGUACAAUGAGGCGGCAUAUCCAUCUGCUGUGGCUCAUUACCUCUAUCAACUGGGUCAGAUUCACGGUCUGGCAAAGGUUCAAUACACCUUGUUGAGCAUGAACCUCCCGCCGGGUAUCUUCGAGAUCAUGAAAGGAUAUGUCGACUACGCUACGGAGAUGCAAGUCGAGGGUUACAAUUUUUGAGUUGAGUUAAAGAGGAGCAGCAACUUGUCCUUGU